AUAACCUUUACUGUUCCACCUCCUCCCUCCGUCGCUAUUUCUAAUAUUUUUCUAGGUUAGAGGGCAAAGACGCGGACCUGGAGAAGAUAGUGUGCGUUGUACCGCAGGAUUUUAAGACAAGAACCCGCUGGACAGGACUUCAGAAGGUGCUGCUCCUGCUGCUGUCGACACCGCGUGUCAUUUGUUCCGCGUUUACUUCAUUUCAAAGCAAACGGGCUCUUGGUUAUUUGCUGUCGUGAGACAUUGGGGGGCAGCAAAGCCAAGGCUGUUGUCGAUCUCACAACUGAUCGAUUUGUCGAAUCAUUCGGUGUUAUGUGAAGCCCACCCUUGGCACUAGUUGGGCGCUACUGACCUUGAGCAGCAGAUAAUGGAGCAAUGGGGCCUACAGUCGUGCUACUCGGAGCGAAUCGCCGUUUUAGCAAGGAAGGCAUGAUGUGAUGCUUUAUAAUAAGUUAUGAGAAGAUUUUUCAUAUGGCUAUAGAGGCAACCGUUUCAUCUCCUGGUCCAUCUGAGCUGCCGGCACCAGCUCGUAAAGACUUCUACUGGGUCCGAUCAUUUGUUGCUGGAGGUGUUGCAGGAUGUUGUGCCAAAACCACUAUUGCACCUUUAGACAGAGUGAAAAUAUUACUGCAGGGUCAAAAUCCUCAUUACAAACAUCUAGGAGUUUUUGCUGCCCUUCGGGCUGUUCCAAAAAAAGAAGGGUUCCUUGGACUCUACAAAGGAAAUGGAGCAAUGAUGGUGCGGGUUUUUCCAUAUGGAGCCAUACAGUUUAUGUCUUUUGAACGAUACAAAAAGAUGCUGAGGAAAAAAUUUGGAAUUUCUGGACAUGUGCACAGAUUAAUGGCAGGAUCCAUGGCAGGAAUCACGGCUGUCAUCUGUACAUAUCCUCUGGAUGUGGUCCGAGUGCGGCUAGCUUUCCAGUUCAAGGGAGAGCACAGAUACUCUGGCAUCAUUCAUGCCUUCAAAACCAUUUACAGAACUGAAGGAGGGUUUUCGGGCUUCUAUAGAGGAUUGACGCCUACAAUCAUUGGCAUGGCGCCUUAUGCAGGAUUUUCUUUUUUUACUUUUGGGACCCUAAAAAGCGUUGGACUCGCCCAUGCACCGGGUCUCCUUGGCAAACCUUCUUCUGACAACCCUGAAGUCCUUGUUCUGAAAACCCAUGUAAAUUUGUUGUGCGGAGGAAUAGCUGGUGCAAUAGCACAGACCAUUUCAUAUCCACUGGAUGUUGCUCGACGUCGGAUGCAGUUAGGGGGCUCUCUUCCAGAUUCUGACAGAUGUCUUUCCCUGUCCAAGACCUUGAAACACGUAUAUGUACAAUAUGGAAUUAGAAGGGGGCUCUAUCGAGGUUUGUCAAUAAACUACAUUCGCUGCAUUCCUUCCCAGGCUGUUGCUUUCACCACUUACGAACUGAUGAGACAAGUUUUAUAUCUCAACUAAGCUUUAAUCACUAAGUAAAAUUCAAUGUGAAGAUCAAAUUUGCAAGAAAACGUAUCUGCCUGCCUGAUAAACUGUAAUGGCUGGUGUUGAGGAGCAACUUGAAGACGAUGAUGCUAUGGAGUCCCACCAUGGUGUCACGGAAGGCUUUUGGAUCCUGCUAUGUAAAUGUUAUUUCAAACUAAAUCACAGUGUAAUCAUCAAAAGUGUAAGAUUAUUUUUUCAACUAUCAUUAUUAUUAUUAAGGAUUUGAUGUUUACUUUUGAAUGUGAUUUUUAUUUUUGCUCUUCUUUUCAAAUUUUUAAUGUGUAUAAUUAAAAAAAAAAAAAAAAAAGUCAGAAAAACCUUCAUUUUCACCAUUGAGUACACCUAAACCGUUUUGGUAUUUGGACACAUGUAAAGUACUUUCUUUGCAUUUGGUUACAACUCCUUAAUAUUUUUUUGUUCAGUGAUUCAAAUAAAGUGAAGUACACAGUAAAUUGUCUCGCUCUGCAGUGAAGAAUGAUGCUUCUUGUCUGUGAACAGAAUCUCUUCUGAUUGAUUCUGCAUUCACGUGCUAUCGGAGUAUUUGUAGCUCCGAGUUGUGAUGUUUCACCUUCCCACUCCAGUAUAUUCAUUUCCAUUUUCAUUUAGACUAUCCAGGUUAAAUGCAAACUCGAUAUCAAUUUGUUACUUGGUCUGCAAAAAGUUUAAAAAAUGAACUAAACAUAUUAAAUGUGUAUCACUUGCCCCAAAUGGAAUUUGACUAAACAAAUGUCAAUUCUGGCUGACCAGGUUAUAUUUUUUAUGUUAUGCAGUUGAUUAAGGUGAAGGUCACAGCUCUGAGAAUUUUGGGUAGCUUUAUUUUCUCCAGGUUUUUUGGACGUUCAAUUGGAAGUACGUAAAUGCAGCAUUAGCAUAAAUAAAGAAGGCUGCCAUCAUCAUCAUCAUCAAAAGCUGUUGUUGGUCAUGUUAUGCAGGUUUUGUAUUGCAUAAUGGUUCUGAAGCCAGUAUAAUUAUGCUUGAUGAUGAUGAAUUGGUAUCAUUCACAUUAGUCUGAGCUGGAUUAGACUCCCCAACACUCUUAAUGGGGUCUGUUUUUCUUUCUUUUGAUUACACAAUUGUCUUAUUUUAUUUGAGGCAUUGAUAAACUUUACUGAUUUACCAAUAGGCAUAAUUUCAAUUAUUAGUCUUUCUGAAAAAACAGCAGAAUUUUGUGUUUCUAUGCAGUUUCAUAUUUUCUGUUCCAACGUGACUACAGUUUUUUGAAGUGUUGUUUAUGGCUAAUAAUAUUGUGUGUCACUUGUGGAUUUUCUCAUUGCAGCCCUUUCAUUGUAAAAGCUGGCAUUUACAUGUCGUUUGGUUUCAGAGUUGUGUAGCUGCAGCUAAAGUAAAUCUAAAAUUACAGGUAAUGCCUAUUCACAGCAGGUAAAGAAUUUUAGUAAAAUGUUACAUUUCUACCUGUACCUUUAUUUCUCCAAAUGUCUUUGUUCUUGUUGAUCAGCCAUUUUAAGUUGUGACCUUUUUAGAUUUCUAAACCUCUACACCUAUUUAUUCAUGUUUUUUUUUUCUUUUUCUUUUAAAAUAAUUGUAAAUAUCUUGCUAAUAUUAAACACAGAAGGCUUCAUCCUUAGUGAUCAGGAAGAUUUGACUAGAGCAAAUUGUUCACUUCAGUUGCAAUGGGAAAGCUAUAUAUUGGCUAUACAACACCGACUCUUUGUAGGAUCCUGGCAGAGUAGUAGGCAAGAUUACCUUUGGUGAUUGUUGUGGUUUGGGCUGAAUAUUUUAUCCAAAUGCCUUUUGCAUUUUGAUUUAAUUUUGUAUGUUUUAUUAAAUUCUCAUUUUGGAUUUAGUGAUCAAAGAGAAGUCACAAUGAGGGAUAUGCUGUGCUUAAGUGUAAUGUUUGUUGUGAAGGGACCACACAGAGAAUUGUGGUUUUGAUCUUCUGCGCUGGUAUCUCUUGAGUAGCCUCAGUAGCUUGUGUGCCUCAGGAGUUGAACUGUUUAAUCAGAAGCUUGCUGCUUUUUACUUGUCGGGUCAACUGAACUUUAAAUUCUGUUUUGUUCCAAGUUACUUCGUUUGAUUUUUAGUUUUAUUUUUAUUUUAUCCAGUGUUUGCUAUCCAUCAGUGAAACAUGUACGUAGUGCUUUGAUUGUCUAUUUAUAUUUAAAGAGCUCUGAAAUUUGAAAUUUUAAUAAUUACUCAAUAAGCACACAAAAUGAUAUAUCCAUAUGAGAGUCUUUAAAUCCAACUGUUUUCAUGCUCUUAGUUAUUUCAUAUUGACAUCUGAUAAAGUUUGCAAAUGUACAUUUUCAAAUGAAUGUGUUUUUUUUUUUUUCUUGCAGAGGAUAUUUGUUUUAUUUUAAUAGUUUUAUUUUUGACAAUAUGUAGAACACGGUUUCACUAAUGUUUUGAACAUCUACAUUUUUGUCAAAUUUUUGAAAAAUAAAAAUUCUCUUGAUUAUCAAAACACAUGUUAAAUAUUUUAAUACACUUUUUUGUAAAUCUUGUCUGCUUGACUAUGCACUUUUAAGAAUACAAAUGUUGGCUUUGAAGGUUGAGGUGUCAUACUGUUUUCAAUAUCACGAUGUGGUUGCUGUGUAAAAACCGUCUCAUUGAGUGAGGGUCUCUGUUCUUCUUCACCGGGGUUUCAAUUAAAGGGCCGCGUGCUGAAUAAAUAGAAACUGCUAUACACA